GUGGGAAACAAAAGAAGUAGAUCUUUGGUUUCUCAGGGACGUUGAUUUUUGAAAAUGUGUUUGCUUCAAAAUUUGUGUUUUAGAUUUAGUUUCUAAAUUGCAUUAGCAAAAUAAGGAUGGCAUCGAAUAAGGCCGUUAUUAUAGAUUAUGACGCCCCGCAAUACAGGAUUACGCCGUUUCAGCAAGCUCUUGCGUCCUGUACAGGGGCUCUCCUAACCUCUCUUAUUAUGACGCCGUUAGAUGUUAUUAAGAUCAGGAUGCAGGCGCAGCAGCAAGCGAUGAAAAACUGUUUUCUUUAUUGCAACGGAUUAAUGGACCAUAUCUGCAGUUGUCAACCCGCAGAUCCCAACAAUCCCUGGUUUAAAAGACCGAGCCAUUUCCACGGGACUUUGGUAGGUACUUAUGAUGCUUUUAUUAAAAUAGGACGUAACGAAGGCAUAACUUCAUUGUGGAGCGGUCUAAGCCCGACGUUAGUUUUGUCUGUACCCGCGACGGUCUGUUAUUUUGUAACGUACGAUCAGCUUAGGUUAAAAUUAAAAUCAAUGUACAAUGAAAAUAACAAUGGUGAGGUGGCGAAGCAGCCUUUCUGGAUACCACUCGUAUCGGGAGCGUCGGCUAGGAUUUUGUCGGUCACCAUAGUCAGCCCUCUCGAAUUAAUUAGGACCAAAAUGCAGUCGCAAAAACUAAGUUACUUAGAAAUCGGUGAGGCUUUAAAAGUGUUGUUAAAGACUGACGGAAUUAAAGGAUUGUGGAAGGGCAUAUUCCCGACACUUCUCAGAGAUGUGCCGUUCUCUGCAAUAUACUGGAUGAGUUAUGAAACGAUUAAGUCGGUUUGGAGGUACGACCAGCCAUCCUUUGCGCUUAGUUUUUUCGCUGGAGCUAUAUCGGGGAGCAUAGCGGCAACUGUAACGGUUCCUUUUGACGUGGUCAAAACACACCAGCAGAUCGAGUUCGGCUCCACCCUCUUCGCUAAUAACGGGAAACCGUCAAAAUCGCGAACCACCUCGACAAUAUUCUGGGAUAUCUACAGGACUAACGGGAUAAGGGGGCUCUACGCCGGAUUAGCCCCCAGACUUAUUAAAGUAUCUCCGGCUUGCGCGAUUAUGAUUUCAUCUUUCGAAUAUGGAAAAGUGUUCUUUAACAACCUGACCCCCAAAGAGGAACACGUUUUAGUGAAAAGUGUUCCCGACCUGAACAUUUCCAAUACCAUAAAUUUACCCCAAAAAAAGCUCUAACACUUACAUUAGUUUCUGUUUUCUCGUAUGUGAAUUGUUACAUUUUAAUAAAAGUUCUU